CUGAGGAUGACGUCCCCGCUCUCGCCGGCCGACGACGCAAUGCUCAACUCGUCCUCGUCCACCGCCAGCAGCAGGAAGUCGGACGACGACUUCUACGAUGCCAUGAGCAGCAGCACGUCCAAGACGGACGCCUCGCAGCCCGAGACGGCGGCAGCGCGGCCGCUGCGCAUCAGGACCGACGACGCACGCUCUAACCAGGAAAACAUCUCGCCCGCCAAAUCGCGCCACAGCCGCAUUAUGUCAGGCACGGAGCUGUCGCCGCUGCGCAUUGUGGAGAGCCAGAGGAGCUCAUUGGACGGCGCGCUGCUCAAGGCGAGUGGAGGCGUGCGCAGCCCGCGCAAGGUGUCGCCCGAUCGACGUUUUCCUGUUAAGAUCAGCCUCGGCGGCGACGUGGCAUCGCGGGCAACAGCAGCAGCAGCGCACGAGCAGCAGCAGCAGCAGCAGCACGACGGGCUCAGGAGGGCCAUGGGCAUCUACGAGGACGGCCGCAGGAGCGGCAGCAUCCGCGAGGAGGACGAGGACAACGGCGACGGCAGCAUGGACGGCUCCCACCACCGACACCCCGGCGGCGACGACGACACGAUGGACGUCAGCGCAUUCAGCGCCUUUUCAGCCGUCCCCAACGCGGCCAUGCUGGCAAGGCUGGGCCAGACGCCCAAUGGACGACGCGACGCAAAGCGAGCCCAUCACGCCAUGGACGACGACGCCGCCUCCACCUCCAGCCUGCUCAUGGACUACAACGAACGCCUCGGACGCUCGCAGCGCUCGUCCCCCGCCAGGCGCGACGUCCUGUCGCCCUCGCGCACCACGCCCAACCUGCCCAUGACGGGCACGCCCAACCGCCAGGGCACAAACCUCAUCGACUUUGACGGGACGCCCAUGGCGACGCCGAGGAGUAUCCCCUCCAUCACGCCGCGGGAGCUGGAGACGCUCAAGUCCAACUUCUUGUCCGAGAUUUCUUCGCUCAAGGCGUCGCUGAGCGGCAAGGAAGCCGAGGUGCACUCUCUCAAGACGGCCGUCGUGGAUGCCGAGAAGCGCGUGGGCGAGUCCAUGGAGCGGCUGCGCGAGGAGCGGAUGCUGAGAGAAGAGAUGGAGGGCGCCCUCCGCAUUGUGCGGGAAGAGAUUAUCGAGACACAGAGGGAGAAGGAGGAUUUGGAGCACGAGCUGCAGGAGAGCGAGCAGCGGAGGGAGGCAUCCGAGAUGAUGCAUCAGGAGGCCGAGAGCAAGCUGGCCGGCCUGCGCGCCGGCAAGGACCUGGAGCGAAACUCGUCGCCCGACAAGCCCAACAGCAGCGCGCGAGAAGUGGAAAUCGCCGUCGAGCGCGUGGCGCGAGAGCUGCACGGCCUCUACAAGAGCAAGCACGAGACCAAGGUGGCGGCGCUCAAGAAGUCGUACGAGAACCGGUGGGAGAAGAAGGUGUGGGAGCUCGAGGCCAAGAUCCAGAACCUGACAAUGGAGAACGAGAGGCUGCACGCGGGCCACGGCUCCACCAUGACCAUGGUCGACCACGCCGACAUGGAGCAGUGGAAGGCUCAGUCGGCCCGCGACCACGCGACCAUCAGAGAGCUCGAGGCGGACAUUCAGCGGCUCGAGGCCGUCAUCACGACGGUGCGCCGCGACAACGACGAGCUGCGCGUCAGCUUGCAGCAGGAGAGGGUCGAGAAGGGCGAGCUGGUGCAGCUGGCGGAAGAGCUGAUGAGCAUGCAGACUGUCACGUCCGCGACACCCGCGCCGCAGCCCGCGCCCGAAGCUGCUGCCCCCCAACCAGCGACGCAGCGCCAGCCGCCCACGGCGGAUAGGAGGAACUCGGUGUCCAAGAAGCCGACGUUGGAGCGAGCAGACUCGGUGUCCAAGAUGGCCAGACCAAACCCGGCGAAUCGCAUCUCCGGUAUCCGGGCCCCAGGAUCGGUCAUGAGGGCGCCUCAUGAGAGGGGAAAGAGCAGCAUCGGAGGCGGCUUGCCUCGGCCGGGCGGUGCCAGGAGCAGCGGCAUUCUGAAUAAAUAA